AUGACCGUUCUCUUCAAUCAGUUGACGAAAGAGCCCUACCUUAGGUUGCCCGCUCCACAAUCCAACAUUAUCAUCACUCCACACAGAUCGGACAACAUUGAUGAAGACGCCAAAUCCUUGUCUAACAUCCUCAACGAUCCAAAGGUGUAUCCUUGGCUAGAACGAACGCCCUAUCCGUAUCUGCACGAGCACGGUGUGGAAUGGAUUGAGGCGCACUGCAAAGAGAAUAAAAAGGGGUUGUCAACGUUGCGGAAGAACUUGGAACAGGACGAGAUCAUCAAUACAAAAAACGCCGUUGGUCGAGAAUUCAUCGAUGAUUGUCCAUUCACUUGCAUUCGUGAGGUUCUAGCUGAUGAUCCUGACACUGGGGCUCCGCUUAAGGAUCGUCUGAUUGGUGACAUGAAGUUGGCCCGAUACACAUUCUACGAACACCUCAACGAUAGCGAGCAAAGAUCCAAGGCGCAGCUCAAGAAUAACGAAUUGCCUGCUGGAGAUGAAAACAUAAUCUGGACGCUUGGAGAUUUCCUUGCACCUAGCCACCAUGGCAAAGGAAUCAUGUCACUCGCAGUGCGAACUCUCAUUCACGAUUGGGGUAUCCCGCACUUGAAUGUUCACCAUAUCAAAUGCUAUGCAUUUGUGGGUAAUGAGGGUAGUCUGAGGGUGUUCGAAAAGAAUAACUUUGAAAGAGGGCACACGUUGGAAGAUUGGGUCCCGGUUCCUGAAAGCCGAGGAGGUGGGAAGAAGUCGAUUGUCUUGGUGACAUGGCGGGGUGUUUAG